UGCUCGCCUUUUCCUAAAACACAUCAACCUGAACGACAGCAACAACAUGGAAACAGAUUAUUCCAAAAGAAUCUACCAGGGUGUCCGGGUCAAACACACUGUUAAAGACCUCCUUGCAGAAAAAAGAUCGAGACAACCAAAUGUUCCACGGUACAAUGCAGGGACAAACUCGUCACCACCAGCAUUUGUUCAAAUGCCAGGUUACUACAGCAUGCAAAGGUCAUUCCUUCCAGAAUCUGAACUUUGCCACCAAAUGAAGCAGUACUCCACGGAUACCUAUGCCUCCACUCUCGGAAGCAAGCCCUUUUCCUAUGAUCAUGCCUCCAGUUACCCCUUCAUCGAUGGUUACUACUCGCCUGAGUCUUUUGGGGAUUACCGCAGCACUGCAACGUACGGCACAAGUAGAGGGUCCUUCUUUCCAUCCUCGUCUUUGCCACCGCUGUUGCCACCCUUGUCUGGAGAAACAGCUUCGCACCUCCUUUUGAGAGACACGUGGGACCAGGCAGCUGAAGACCCAGUGAGUCAGACAGGUGCCCUGUGUCCAGAGGGCACCACCCCAGGGACUGUCUCUCCUUCUCUGGCAACUCAGGAUUCAGAGAAUGGCUCAACGUUCCGCAUGCCGACCCCUCGUGCUGGUGGAUCUAUGGCUUCCAAUUCCCAACCAUAUCCAGUGCAGCAGCUGGAGGAGGUUCACUAUCCUGCCACCUCAUAUACUCCUGUGUCUAACUUCUGUGCCCCAUACAUGACUGUUCCUGGAGACCUUGCUGUGGCCAAAAUGGCAACCUCCUUGUCCUCGGAGGAAACCAGCAGUGAAUCAGUGGCCCAAAGUGACACUUCCACCUGGGCAAAGGACGAUGGAAAUGGCUCCUGGCUGUCUUAUGAGGCCCGUAGGGCCUAUUGACCAUCCCAGUAGGCUAACUGAAAGUCAACACGGAUUCCUAAGGAAAUUAUGUCGUCUGUCCAGGAAGUGUAAAGAUUUUCAUGAGAACACUAUCAAAUGAAGGACUUCUUUGUGCUUUA